AUAUACGAUGGCAAUACCCCGGUGCUAGUGGUGGCCAAACCAGACCUAAUCAAAGCAAUUCUGGUGCAAAACAUUACUGAUUUCCGCGACCGGAGACCCCGACGACUGACGCAUCCAAUCCUCUCAAAAAAUUUGUUUCACAUACCGGGCCACGAGUGGCGGCGCCUCCGGGCGAUCGCGAGUCCGACAUUCAGUUCAGUAAAACUGCGCAAAAUAUAUGAAAUGAUGAGACAGUGUCUGCGGGACCUCAUGGAUCAGGUGCUGGAGGUGCGGGCCGUUGAGGGACAGACACUUGAUUUGCUGGAAACACACGGCAGCUAUACGAUGGACGUGAUCGGCACCGUUGCCUUCGCCACCAAAACCCAGCCCUACAACAACCCCGACAACCAAUUCGUGAGAUGUGCCGCCGCUUUGGGAGAUCUCAAUGUUUUGGGCGAAAUACUGGCCAUACUUUUACCCAAAUUUGUUUGCCGUCUAUUGGGCUAUAAGUCGAGUAAUAAUGAAAGUAAUAAUGAAUUCCUGAUGAAUGCCAUCAAACAUGUUAUAAGACAACGAACGGCUGAACCAAAUAAGGUGGAGGCGGUGGUCGACCCGACCGGUGAGAUCGGUUACGACGACUUGACUCGACUGCCCUUUUUGGACGCCGUGCUGUCGGAGUCCCUACGGAAAUACCCGCCGAUUGUAAUGUUGAGCCGACAGGCAGUGAACGACUACACAAUACCCGACUCGGGAAUUGUGAUCCCGAAGGGACAGCACAUUGAGAUACCUGUUUAUGCUGUACACCAUAAUCCAGAAUAUUACCCAAAUCCAGAGAAAUUUGAUCCAGAUAGAUUUAUGCCAGAAAAUAGAGACAAAAUCAAGCCCUACACAUACCUGCCCUUUGGUGCCGGUCCUCGCAAUUGCAUUGGUAUGCGAGUGGCGCUAAUGGAGGCCAAACUAUGUAUCGCACAUCUGGUCAGACGGUAUAUACUGUUCCCCACUAAUGAGACACCCGUUCCCAUUAAAUACAGGGCUGGGAAGUUGAUAUUAGCCACUGAUAAACUAGAAAUAUGUAUGUCUCGAGUGAGUGAUAGAAACCGAUUGAUAGGCUUCUCGUGUAGUAAUCACUACAUAAUCACCAGAAGUAUUGCAUUCAAGUCCUACACAUACCUACCCUUUGGUGCCGGCCCUCACAAUUGCAUUGGUAUGCGAGUGGCGCUAAUGGAGGCCAAGCUAUGUAUCGCACAUCUGGUCAGACGGUAUAGACUGUUCCCUACGGAUGAGACACCCGUUCCCAUCAAAUAUAGAGUUUUAAAAAUAGUAUUGGUUUGCCAUCAGGUUAUAGUUGGCAUUAAAAAGCUUGACAUAUCGUACGUGGCUAAUACCAACUUCCCAACCCUGUAUUUAAUGGGAACGGGUGUCUCAUUAGAGGGGAACAGUGUAUAUCGUCUGACCAGAUGUGCGAUACAUAGCUUGGCCUCCAUUAGCGCCACUCGCAUACCAAUGCAAUUGCGAGGACCGGCACCAAAGGGCAGCAUAAACAGGUAUCUCAAUGUGCUGCCCCUUCGGGAUCACAAUUCCCGGGUCGGGUAUUGUGUAGUCGUUCACUGCCUGUCGGCUCAACAUUACAAUCGGCGGGGACUCCGACAGCACGGCGUCCAAAAAGGGCAGUCGAGUCAAGUCGUCGUAACCGAUCUCACCGGUCGGGUCGACCACCGCCUCCACCUCUUCGUAGAUCCGGUCCUGUAUUUCGGGAUUCAUUGCCAACUCAUAGGAGCAGAACAUCAGUGUAUUGGCGGUGGUGUCAUAACCGGCCAAAAUGAA